UCCUGGUUCCUCCCCGCCAGUUUUGGACGUAUCGCUCUUGCACUUCCUCAAUUUCUGGGCUACUCUUUGUAUUCGGUGUAAGGAUUUUUUUUUAAAUUACAAAAUUAAUUGUUAACUAGCUCUAGCAAAGAUGUCGAAGCCGCCACCCAAACCAGCCAAGCCAGGUCAAGUGAAGGUUUACAGAGCUCUGUUUGCAUUUGAACCCAGAACACCAGAUGAAUUGUAUUUUGAUGAAGGGGACAUACUUUAUAUUUCAGAUAAUAGUGAUCCCAAUUGGUGGAAAGGCACCUGCAGAGGUCGAACAGGAUUAAUUCCAAGUAACUAUGUUGCUGAGCACGUAGAGUCAAUUGACAACCCAUUACAUGAAGCUGCCAAACGUGGAAAUGAAAGCUGGCUAAAAGAAUGUUUAGAUAACAGAGUUGCAGUGAACGCUUUGGACAAAGCUGGAAACACAGCUCUCUAUUGGGCUUGUCAUGGAGGACACCUGGGAAUAGUGAAGCUUCUGCUUUCUCAGCCAAAUAUUGAAUUAAAUCAGCAGAAUAAACUGGGAGACACAGUCGUGCACGCUGCUGCAUGGAAGGGAUAUGAAGAUAUCCUGGAGUUGUUGCUUUUGAAAGGUGCAAGAAUAGAUCUGAAAAACAAUGAGAAAAAAGUGCCACUUGAUAUGGCUAUCAAUCCGCAAUGUUCUUCUCUUCUUAAGAAGAAAUCUGGUCAAGGCAUCAUAAGGACUGCAAGUAAUGCAGAGGAAUACCUUGAUGAUGAAGACUCUGAUUAAAGUACAUUUCAAUGUUAGAGCAUCAAACUUGUAUCAAUAUUCCCCUGUUGGUUUGCUUGCAAUUUUAUAACUACAUCAUUAUCAUGGAAAUUUUUACACUUCUGUGCUGAUCAUGUAGUUUCCGUUUAGGCAAAUGCUAUAAUUUUCUGAAUGCUUUGCCCCUUCCCUACACCCCCAGUAGGAAUGAGCUUUUACUGCUAGUUUUUAUUUGAAGAAUUAGAUUGAUAACAAUUUCAUUCAUUUAUAUCUCAGCUUUGUAACAAAAUCCCCAGUCUGAAAAUCCUUUAAUUGGAGAAUAUUUCUAAGUAUAAUAUAUCCAGUGUGACAAUCAGAAUGAAUUUGUUUGAAAACUAGUUUGUGCUUUUUUCACCAAACCAGGUUUAUGUAUAUAUUUAACACAGGGCGUCAUGAGAUGUUUGUUGUCUGCUUUGCCUAAUCAGCACAAGGCACAAGACAAAGCAUAUAUUUUCCGCUGUAUAGCUCUUGAAGCCCUGACCAUAGUUGCCACAAACCAAAGUAUGACUAUCCUUAGUAUUUAAAAAAAAGCAUUUUAAUGGGUACUUUAAAACAUAAACAUAGGAAUUAUCAUAUUUCUUCCUACAUCCACACAUGGUAAUUGAAUUUACUUAACACAACCCAUUUACAACUACUGCCAUAACUCUGCUGUUUGGAUGCUUUUACAUCGGUACUCUGUGCAUCCUGUAAAGAAUUGCCUUGUUUUAAAUGACAACUGCAAACAGAGCUUUUUACUGUUGGAAAUAACUAUCCAUGUGGGUCCUCAACUUUCUUCUAAUAGUUAUGCUACACGAAGCUAAUGCAAGAAAGGGCAUUUUGCUACUGGCUUUCUGAAAAUGGUGGACUGGCAGCUCAUAAGUCAGUGGAGAGUUUUGCCCGAGUCUGAUUUAUUGUUAAGUUGCUCCCCCACCCCUUUACGUACUUCUUGUUAUCAUUAACUAGACAAAAAUAUGUAAAUAUUUUGAAUGCCCACAUCUGGACACACAAAUACCAGUUGAAAUGUAAAAUGAGCCAUUAGGUUUGGCCAUGGUUUGAAUACUGUACUUUUUACCUCGUCAUAUUAAAUAUAUAUCAUUGAAAAGUUCUACUAAAGGAAUAUAACUUUUCAUUCUUGUCUAGCUUUAGAAUAAAGAGAUUACUGAUUUUACCCAAUUUCCAAUCAGCACUGAGAAGUGCAGUUAUGGUAUCACCUGAUUUGAGGAAGACUCUGAUCAGGCAAAUUGCUUGGCUUCAUUAAAAGUAAAAACUAAUUAAACAUGGAAUAAAGGAAAUGCUUCAGAAAUCUCUGUAUCAUAAAGUGUCCUGUUCAAUUGGUCUCAUUCAUAUUAGUAUGUAUCUCAUCAUUUGAUCUUCACUGUACACUUGUUAACUUUUUCCUCUUUAGUUGGUUUUAUCAAUUAUGAGAGUUGAAAUCGUAAGUGUAGAAAAUCGUAGGAUUUGAUUUGUGACAGAACAAAAGCUAAAAUUUCAGAGAUUGCUUAUUGCGUUGUGAUCUCAUUCUUUUUAAAAACCUAAUGCUUGAAUCCAAUGAAAACUAGUGAAAAAUGUAAUUUUCAAUACGAGAUGUGAACAUAUCUCUCCAAUGAAUAUAAGAUUUUGAGCACUAAAUUAAUCUUUGCCACUGUUAAAUUCCAGGUCCGUCAUUUGUCGCAAAAAAAAACAAAGUGCAAUUUUGAAUAUUUUGCUGCAUAAUUUAAUGUAUGAUGUCAUAAAAUUGCUGCCUCUGCACAUGGAAUAAAUUUUGAACAAAAUAG